AUGAAUUUCAUAGGCUCUAACGUACAAAGUCAAGCUGAGGAAGUAGGGCGAAACAAUAAAAAAAAUGAAAAAAAGGGAAAUCGAAAGAAAAAAUUUUUAGACGUGACGCAAAAAGCGCAAGAUGAAUUUGCCUCGGAGUAUGCGUAUAUUUUUAUGGAUUUUAUUGAAGAUUAUUAUGAGGAUGAUCUUUCGUAUCGUCCUUAUCUAAAUCAACUUGCAUUUAUGCAUGAUAACAAUAAGCGCACUUUAUAUGUUGAUUUUGGACAUAUAAGCCGUUAUAAUAAAUCUCUAACACUAACUAAAGCCAUUACUGAACAAUAUUAUAGACUUGAGCCUUAUCUACGUAAGGUCGUAGAGAUUCUUAUGAAAUAUUAUUUUUCACCAGAUAAAGUUCAUAAGGAAGUAAGUUCUGAAAAAGUGAUAGAAGAAAAUGUUCAAAAUAUGGUAGAUGAUACCAUAAAUGAUGCACCAGAUGUUCAAGAUACUAUCAAGAAUACUGUUGAAAAUGAU